AUGGGGUUUGACGAAGGAGCACCCCAGUUUGCCUGGGGAGAUGUGGUCAGCUUGCCCCCUGAACUGACGCAGUCCUACAACGCAACAGGUACGCAGGGCAAGAUUAAUUAUCAGCUCCUGGCACGGUCAGUUCUUGGCUUUCAUGAACAGCUCACUAAGUUGGACACAGUUUAUGUUGUUGUGGAUAGUCGUAGCCCAGCCGGUGUGGACCAUUUCCAAAAUUUUGCACCAUGGUGGGCCAGCAGGCGUCAGCGAAUCGGGCCUGCCAAAGAGAAAACAGACAUCAUCUGGUUUACUGCCAACGAAGAAAGUGGGCUGGCUGACAUUCCAUACAUCUGGGCGGACACUUUCGUCCUUGAAAUGAUGCGUUUUCUUUACCCGGAGCCACACAUAAUUUUGGUUGACAGUGAUUGUACCCCUGUCACAUUAUUCGAGGUAGAGGACCUUAUUCGCCUGUCCGCAAAGCAAUUGCAGUUCACGCCUUUGGUAACCCAGACUGACGAAACCCACUGCACCAAACUAAUACUCUUCACGGAGGAAUUCUAUGACCUCAAUGCAGGAAUGGUUAUCUCAGUUGGAGAGCGAACAGCGGGACACAAGCCGGCAGCCACUCCACCUGAAAAUGACCUCAAUAAGAUUGUGGAAAGGUUAUUCCAAACCCGCUCGGCACUCUGGCACUCGGCUGAGCCACCAGCUGAUUGCUCACAGGCGGCACAAUCAGGUCUAAUCGGCACCCCCUUUUUGGGGAUCCAAGCCAACAGCACCCUAGACUUAGUCAUGGUCUGGGCAGCCUAUGGGCUUUUUGCCAUCAGCAGCUACUGGCCAAUUCCCCACCAUUGGGAGUUUGGGCAACAGUGGCCAAGAACUGCGCAUUUGGGACAGUUAACUAGGGCUGGGCAGCAAAGAGUUCCCUCAUUCAGUAAGUGGGCUAGAGCAACCUUUGAGCAAGGGGCGUUGGCACUAUUGAAUAAAAUGCCUGGUUCCGCAAAAGUGGCUAUCCUCCCAGGUGCUGACAUGUUCCAGGCUCACAAGUGCAGUCCUAGCAGAAUGCGACCGGCCAUCUACCACAGUUUUGGCAAAGCCAAACAGGAAGCCAGUGAGGUGCUCAAAAGGCUCGCAAGAGAUGGAUGGCAGCCGCUAGUCGCUGCUUUGCUGGGAACCGAAACAGUCCAUGCGGCCUGGCAAGGGGAACGGUGGUCCCCAUGUGGGGGAGUUGUGUGGAGAGGUAAUGCGAACAGGCAAACCCUCACGGCCACAGGGCGAGCCCUCCUGUUGCUCACCUAUGCAUAUCACACACCUGAACUAGCUGCCCCCCCCUUCUUAGAGAACUUAAGUUUUGAGGUGGCAGCGGACCAAGUAUGGCCAGAGGAGCUCAAGUGUCAUCCGGUUGUCGUUGAUGAAGACCCAGAGCCACCUGUACCGAUUCCGGAGUCUUGCUCGGCCAUGCCGCCAGCACACCUCGAAAAUGAGAAUCUGAGCAGCUCCCCGGCAGAGGUACCUCAUGGACCCCAGCCUACUCUUGACCCUGCUCCCACUUCGCCAGCUGAUCAAAUGGAUGACGAGGUCCCAUGCGGUCAACCAACCUUUGAACCAUUUGCUGGGGAAGCGGUUGAAAGCAAUAGGACUGCCCCGCGACAGCCCCCGUCAAACCCCUCUCCGCCAUCGUCGGCUGCGUCCAAUGCUGUUGCUGACGAUGAUGAUAUGGACGUGGUAACAAUUGCGAGCAGUAGGCACACUUCAGAAAUGGCCACCCAAGAAGCCCAGGAAGCCAUGGCCUACAUUGUCAGAGUAGCCACUGAACAAGCAUGCCAAGAGAACAACACUCCAGCAGUGGACUCACAAUUGCCAAGACUGCAACAACCCGCAAGUGAUGUAGAAAUGAUGAGUGUGACAGCCCACGCGGCUGAGCUUGCCCCGAUAACAACUUCAAUUGAGACAGACCUAGCAGUCCCUGCUCCUACCUCAGAAGAUGUCCCCAUAGCAGGUGACCCAGUCGGUGAGGAUAUUUCAGAAAGUGCUGCUGCCUGUCACACCACCAGUGAAGUGACACAACCAGGUUUCCCGGCUUUUCUGGCCGUAGGGGAGCAGUCUUGGUGUGACUUGGCAAACUUUGCUACAGAAAUGCUAUCUAUUGGUAGGGUUGAAGAGCUGCUUACCUGGUCUAAACGUGGUCGAUUCAGCGCAGAAGUUGCAUUUCUUGUCCUUCAAGCUAUCUCCCUGGAUGUUGACUACAAAUGGCUCACAGAAGCCUGCACAGACCCAGUUGUCAUUGAUUGCCUCGGCCUAGGCAAUGGACCACUGAAGUUGAAGCGCAAACCGCACCUAACUGUUGGGCACCGCCUUGUUGAUGGUGCGACGCAAGUAUAUGGUCCUAGCCUCUCUCCAGAAGACAAGUACACAACGAAUCUAGCGUUCAGUGCGCUGGGUGACAAAGCCGCCACCCAUGAAAUCACCAUGCUUAUGCUGCGAACGCAAAAAUUUGCUGCCAAAUGGGCUAUUGUCACAGGAAUCCCGGCUGUACUUAUCCUGCACCGUAACAUCCUGGUACUCCGUGCUGCUAAAAUCAUUCCUGCUCACCGAAAGUUACCACAACCAGAAUACAUGGCAGGAAUCUACUGGCAAAUGGUCACCCUGGCGCCUGAUGGAGUGCUAUCAGAUUUGAUUGGGACAAAAAGGCCGGCUGACACUGAAUACAGUAGAACUGUCAUAGUGCAAGGAUUCUCAGCCGGCUCCUACACAGGUGCACUAAUUGCAACAGUGGCCAAUAGACUUAAACUUAGGGCAGAUGUCGCAAUUGGAGCAAUCGCAAUGCCUCCCUCGCUCAUGUUCGCACUAGGGCAUAUGGCCAGCAGUGAAAUUGACAAAAAACCAAUUCACCAAGUCCGGUUAGUGCAUAUGUUACAGGACAAGCUCUGUCGGUGGACACCAGACAGUAGUCUUACUCUCCUCAGUCAAGCUAUGGAUAUUGUCACAUUGGAAGACCAGCCGUGGUGGAUUAACUCCACAUGUCAUAACUACUGCUACCUCUUGGAUGUCAUGAUCUCACCGGGUGCUCAAAGCAUACUGGAUUUAGCCAUCACCAAUGAGGAUAUCCGGCCCCUAGAGGUCCAGCAGGCUGCAGCACGUCGACUGCUUUCCUGGAUGCGCAUCACUACUACUCCUGCAGGGGAAAAGCUGCUCCGUCUCCUCGGCUUGCCUGAUGAGGAGCUCCUUCCUGAAGCCAGCAAAAUUCUAGGUGUCACUCCUCCUGCACAAACUUUAGCGCAGUUAAGUGAAGAACUUCUGGCAAAGUUCCAAAUCACGCUUGAGGGACGCUCCAACAAAUGGCUAACACAGCUGGCCAGAGAUAAGCUCAGCCGUGUCCCCUUCCGGCAGUUGGUAGUCACAUUGACAAUCUUUGCUCCGCAAUUUAAAUGUGACCCCAAAAAAUAUUGCAUCCAAGAUGAUCCCUGGGGGUCUGUUGCCUUAAAAGGGAAAUGGAAGGUAACUGGAAGCCUCUAUCCAAGAGCAAAGGGACCAGAAGGUAUGCAUGAAUACACCCUGAGCUUUGACUACCCAGGAGAGUUUCCAUUGGCUUUUGUACGAAGCCACAAAGCUGAUCUAGCAUACCCUGAAGUGGCUACGCUUGACUGGAUCAAGGACCUAGACAAGAAUGCCAUCCAAAACGGGCCCCAUGUUGGCGAUGUCCUUCGCAUCACUUUUGCUGAAAAGGUACCAGAAGAUGCAAAGGAGCAGGAACAGCCUGUGCGAGCAAUACGAGAGGCAGUUUCGAAGCAGACAGACCGACCGAGGGCUCAGUAUGAGAUGAUGGCAGUACUAAUGGGCCACUCACAGCCGCCUAGAGCCAUAAACAAAUGGAAUAGAGCCAAAAUCAGACACAUCACUUUGGUUUCUAUGCCCAAUGCCUGCAACCUGUUGUCCAAGGGAGGCCGACACACGGCGGUCCUACCCAGGGCGGUUGCUGACCUGGAAUUUACUCAAAUGCAAAUUUGUAUCCAGGAUAUGGCAAUUGUUGGUAAAACCUGCUCUGCAGACAUGAUCUUUAAUAUUGUUUCAAUGCCAAAAUCUCGUGUUCCCCUUGCCUUCGGAAUUCCGAGACCUAUCCCACUACCCACGCAUACAAUCCGACACGCAGACCAGCUACAAGUGAGUCUCCACAGACUCUCGUUGCUCUUAGCCACUCGGAAUGCACACAUGUACAUGCCUGAGGCCCCUGCCUUCGCGAAUCAGCUCCUGGCUGAAGCAACUUCAGACUCAGGACACUUGCUCUCAGUUGUAGCGGGGGCUAUCCUCUCUUUAAGAACGGGGCGCUCAGCACUCAAUAUUGGAGGUGUCUUUGGUGCGGGCAAGACCACAUCGAUCAUGUUUGUCUUCGUUUGGCUGACACUCACCUGCCCGAAUGGCAGAUUCUUGGUAUUCUCUAAAGAAAACGCUGCUGGGCGCGCGAUGGCUGCCAUGGUUGAUCGGCUGCACCUGACCGAUGAUCAAAAAGCACUGAUUUGUAGGUUGUACUCUCCCCAAGGAGAGGCAGCGAAUACUAAAAGAUACUCAUGCGAGUGUGCCACCACAGCCUGUGAGAAAAGACUGAACUCUACUAAAUUCCUGAUCUGCACUGCUGGAGCUGUGGAAGCCAGUGCACAAAGUCAUCGCACCAAAGUAUUUGAUUGGGUAGUUGAGGUCAACGUGUAUGGAGUAGACGAGGACCAACAGGAAGGAGGCACGGCCACGGCCUAUGUCCAAUCAAUCAUCAAGCCAGGAGCUCUUGCUCUACGAGUAGGUGACAAACACCAGGGCACAGGGGGCACGGAAAACAGCAAGGAAGCACUUGCGGUGCAUCAUGCCAUAGUACAACUCCCGUUCGGAAUCAAAGCCCCCUGUCCCAUGAGCACCCCGCAGAAAGCAAGUGCACUUUUCCAGCAGACCAUCUCAGCAACGGCGGAUUUCCCGAGGGAAAUCUUUGACUCCCUUGCAACGCCUGCAAAAGACAAGCAGCUUGAUCAUGAUUGGGCGUUUCCCCAAGAAGAAAUCUCUGCUGACAUGCCUGUCCGCUUCAAAAGAAGGGAUUCAGUCAAAAAGUACAUCCAGGACAUGUGGAACGAAUUGCAAGGAGUGGACAUGAAUCACCCCCUAGGGAAAUUAGUCACAUUGUCUGUGUUGGCUAGUGCCAACGACAGCCCCUUUGACUUCCACAUAGCCCUGGACAGCAUGGAAAUGAGCGGCCUGGCCAACCAACAUGCAUGGGCCAUCAUGCUGCCUACCAGCUCUCGAGUCCCCUUUAUGCUUUAUGAGGUUUUGGGAGGGCCUCUUGGCUAUUACAACAAUGUCCUCGCUCCGCAGCGGCCUGCAAUCGGUGUCAUAGACUCUGCUCGACCGGUCCAAGCUGCCGUCAUGACAGUAGCGGACUACAUCAAGCACACGGACCAGAUGCAGCUGUGGCAGCAGAAGCCGCCCUUGGCAUUGGGUGAGCGACGAACCUUUGCAUCAACACAGAUUCAGAAGGAGCAUACAGAGGUCCGCAGGCUGCAUCUCAUUCUGGUCGACGAAAGGCAGCUAACUGUCAAAGUCCACACAGAGGAGGCAGCAAGACCGGCCCCCCCAUUGUUCCAACUCCUUUGGGGGUAUGCAGUGGAUGAUGUUAGAUACCCUGAAUGGCUGUACGUGCUUAGAAAAGGGGAGUAUGGGCUGCAGCAUGUUGACUUGCCCAUCUUCAUUACCCAAAACAGCCCUGAACCAGCAGCUCUGUUUUGGUGCUUGAAUAGGCUUCACUUCUUCGAUGCUUGGUCUCCUACACCAGCUUUUGCGGAUGAACAGUAUGUCACCAUCGGGCAGCCUGCUGGGCAAGCGACCUUAUGGCCACAUACUGAGCAAGUAAAACGCAGAUUACUUGCGCCAAAGCCUGAAGGCAAACGAUAUCCACCUGCCCCUCCGGCCAGCAAACGAGUAUGGCAACCCCAGAAGAGAUCUCCUUCUUCCGCAUCAAACAAGCGAACAUGGUCCUCAGGAUCGCGGCCUCUUCCCAACGCAGAUGCCCAAAAACCCACCCCAAAAAAUGAAGAGGAAACAGAAGAGGAGGAUGAAGGAGACGAUGAUAUUAAGGACGAGAGCUCCAGCUCAGACUCAGAGCGGUAUACAGAUGCCAGCGCAGACUCUGAAGAUGCUGCCACUACAGAAAAUGCAGCUGCAAGCCGAUCUUGGCAAAGUAAGGCCAAGGCACCUGUAAAACCUCGCACAGAGGCCAACCGAAGUAAGCCUGUCACGGUCUAUUCCACAGAAGCCCCCACCCGAAAGCGUGGAAAGCGCCUGUCUCAAUGGCAUCAACGAGGUCGUGGGUCAGACAACAACUACAUACCAGGACCUGAGGAAGAGCGUGACCACAAAGAAGCUUUCCUAUGCCUUAAUUCCCUGGCAGACUUUGCGGCUGACAAAAAAUAUCCUGCAACUGACUUUCCCAUUAAUAAGAAUGAACUGGACUUGGCUGCGAUUUCACGGAUUAAUCCUCUGUGGCCACUACCGCGUUUGGGAAUCAGCAUUGAGGAUAUGGUGAAGCAGUACGAAUGCUAUGUGCACCGAACAUUGCUUGAGAGCAUGUUAGAGGGAUGCUCGGUGCAAAGCAGUAUUGACACCGCCAAAGAGGUGGCAUGGGAUUAUACCUUGGAUAUCGCUAAAGAAUUUGCGGCGGAAAUUGCAUCACUUUUCCAAGGAAUCCAGGCAGACCACAGCCUCCUCCAAGAGAAUGAAGGAUGGACUAAUUUGCAGGAUCAGCAAUGGUGGCGGAAUAACAUCCUAAGAACUAUCCUCCAUACCAGGAGGAGAAUGGUUGCCAGAUAUCGUGCCGAGCAGGAAGAGAAAGAAGCCAAAGAGGCACAAAACAGUAACCAACCUCUUAGCAAUGCAGCCCGACCCAGUAAGACAACUCUUAUCCCCAACUGCCCGCCGAGUUUUGUCACUUCCACAAUCCGUGUCUCCCCAAGCAACAAAGUUGAAUGCCCAGUUCGGAACUUACAUGUUCACUUUCCAAUGGCCUUUCUCCCAAUCGUGGUAGAGGAGCUAGCAAAGAAAGUCACUGAACCCAAAUGGAGAAUAGAGACUCUGACGAGACAUGACAAGGAUGGCAAAGACCUGUAUGUGGCUGACAUCUUUCAAGGCCGCAUGCCAAUGCGAUGGUUAAGCCAGCCGAAGACACCCCUGGUUCAACAGCUGUAUGUGUCAGGGGUCUGCAAUACCAAAUGGAUGGCCACCCUUGCGACCAAACUCCCAGAUAAUGUGGUGCGACUUGAGCUAAUGCUUCCAGCUGAGGAAGCUGAGUACACGAGUGUUCCCCCGCCUCCAUUUGUCAAUUGUGACCGAACAGAGGACAUUCUCAACAAUGUGGGUGAUGCAGCUGUCGAUAUUGACCAAGCCAAGCAAGAAUUUUUCUCUCUCUUCCCCAUCCAAACAGAAGACGAUCUAGAAAAAUUGGGGGGAGCUCUGACCAACGACUAUCGAACUGCUAGCCCCACCAAAGAGGCACUCCAAAGUCACUUCCAACAACUAAAUGGGGCUAUCGGUUGGGACGGCAAUGCUGACAAACAACGGAAAGACAUGGAUCUGGAAGCCUGGAUGGCUAUCAGAAAGGAACUUAUAGACCAAGGCCUCCACUUCCCAAGCUGGGAGAGAGACCACACUGAUGUAAAGUCCAUUGGAGCUGCCAACAAGGCCAGAAGGCGGAACAAUGCCAGGAGGAAGGCAAAAAGUGAAGCUGGCCAAGGCCAAAAACGGGGUAAAGAAGAACAGGAUGACAGUGACGAAUCGCCCUCUCCAGAGUAA